CCCCGGCAGGAGAGCAGCAAGAGACAGAGCAGAACAACUGAGGGGAAGAUGUGUGACACUCAGAAUCUCCAGCCAGUUGAAGUAGUGGACACUGAGGUGGAUGAGGGGUCCGGCAUCCCCCCAGCGGAGAAGGUGGAUCCAGAGGAGGAAGUGUCCAAUCCUCCCACAGAGGAAAGCCUUGAUGCUGGGGAGACGAUGCAGGAUAGCCCUGAGGAAGCAAAGAGGGAACCAGAGAACAAGGCCGAGGGAGAGCUAAGCCAGACAACUGCACCCGACCAUUCAAAUGAGUUAAAACCUCCACUUGUUAGUAUACGAAAAGACGUGGGUGUGAGUGGACACAGGCGAAUAGGAGGUCACAACCCUAAAAGCACCAAUCACACGGCAUCGGCAGCUCUUCCUUCCUCAACGGCCAGUACAACUGUUUCAGGGAAACGGACGAUGGUACUCUCCAACGAAGCCAGGAAAGAGAUGGCCAAGCAGGCCAGGGCUGCCAAGGAUGAGCGUCGGGCCAUGCUAGAUGCCCGCCACAAGUACCUCAUAGCCAAGCUUGUAGACAGUGUGAGCCUGGGGGAGACUGAGGUGGAGGAGGCCUUUAUAUCGGAUGACAAGUUCAAUUUGAUAGAGGAGUUUUUUGUGCCUAAUGGAUCAAAGAGGUUGAUAUUCUUCUAUCAAGACAUAAAAGUGCCUUCAUCAAACCACCCCACCUGGGCAGACACAGUCAGUUCUACCCCUGGGCAGAAAAAGCUCUUUCUCACCACUGGUACUUCAGAGGCCUUACUUGAAAAGUGUUUGUUUUUCUUGAGAACGACAGACAAGGCCAUAACGACCGCCAAUGUUUCUCAGGAAGUGAAUUUUGGAAUGCUAGACUGCACUAAUGGGAGCAUUCUGUACAGUAUGGAGAAACUGUUCUCACAAAUUAUGCUGCCUGCACUCAAGUCUCAAGAGAAUUGGGGCUCCAUGAAGGAUGGACUUCAGAAUGCUCAGAUUCAGGACUUCCUGAGUUCAGUGGACAAGUUCAUUAGCAACCUCUCCUCUGCCAGACUGAAUAUGGAGGGAAGGUUCCAUCUCCACAGAGUGGACACUGGACAGAGCCUAAGCAGCCUGCUAGGCCCAGCAGACUACACAGCUGCAGCCAAUAACUCCGAACUGGUGGAAGAGCUGGAGGGAGUUCUCCUUCACUGGGCCCACCAGAUCGAACAGGUGCUGACGGAGGGCGAGCAAAUGAGGAAGGAGGCCGAUGACAUAGGGCCCUCUGCUGAACUGGAGCAUUGGAAAAGCCGCAUGACCACUUUUAACAGCUUAAUGGAUGAGAUCAAACGACCCCAUGUGAAGAAGGUUAUUGGAGUGCUGCAGGUGGCCAAGUCAAAGACACUAAGGACUUGGAGAGAGCUGGAUGGAAACAUCACUGUUGUGGCAAAUGAAGCAAAAGACAAUAUGAAAUACCUCUACACAUUGGAGAAGUUCUUUGGCCCACUUGGAAAGUGCACUCCG